AUGAGAGAUUCCCAGGUGUUCUGGGCAAUGUGUCCCAUUUCCUGAUGCACUCAGCAGAAGGUGAAUUUUCCUUUAUACAAGAAGAAAAUCUUGGUGGAGAAUUACACAACAACAAAAGGACUUGUGUCUGUGAAUGAAGUAACAGUUCAGAAGUCAUGGCCACGGAGGACACUAAACUUACAAAGAAUGUCCACAGGGAGACCACCAGUGGUGAGGAAGACAAGAAGAAGGGAGGCAAGUUCCAGCCUUUUAAGAAGUUGUUUGGCAAAAGGAAAAAGAAAGAUACUUCGUUUUCCCGGGAGGAGUCAGUGAAGCAGAAGAGUGAUGGUGUCCCAGGUGUGAGCAAUGGGGCCUUCUCUUCGGAUGAGGAGACCCUGGAGGACAGUCUGAGGUCCUUCAACUAUUCUAUGGGCACCCGGGCUUUUUCCCAUGACAGUAUCUUUAUCCCUGAUGGGGGAGCAGAAAGUGAGCAGACAGUUCAAGCAAUGUCACAGGACAACAUCCUGGGCAAAGUCAAAACUCUUCAGCGACAGUUGGGCAAGAAUAUCAAGUUUGGGCAGCGGCCAUCCAAUGCCAUUCCUAUGAAGAAGGCUGGCAGUGGAGAAGCUGGCUCAGAAGAGGACUUGUUUCUGACCAGUCCCAUGGAAAUUGUCACUCAGCAGGACGCUGUCCUCUCAGAUUCGGAGAACAAAUCCAGCCAUCCGCCCGGCUCUCCGAGUCCUCUGAACCUCCCUGGGUACGGAAGUGAAAUGGAAGACAAGGUUGCUCCAAUUAAACCUUCUCGUCCAAAAAGGCAUUUCUCUUCUGCGGGUACCAUUGAGAGUGUCAACCUCGACGCCAUCCCCCUGGCCAUCGCUCGUCUGGACAACAGUGCCGCCAAGCACAAACUGGCUGUUAAGCCAAAAAACCAGAGGGUGUCAAGGAAGCACAGGCGGCUUGCCCAGGACCGACAAAAUGACACAGGCAUCUUGGAGAGUCAGUCCUCACUGGACCAGAACGGGCACCCAGGAGAAGACAAGCCCAUCUGUCAUGAAGAGGAGCCAGAGCCCCUGGACUCGGAGGAGGAGAAGAGACGCCAAGAAGACUACUGGCGAGAGCUUGAGGCCAAGUGCAGACGGCAAAAGGCUGAAGCCGCGGAGAAGAGACGCCUAGAAGAGCAGAGGCUGCAGGUACUAGAGAGAAGGCUGUGGGAAGAGAACCAAAGGCAGGAGCUCCUGCAAGAGGAGGCUGAGGAGGAAGGCCUGAAGCUGGAGUCAGAAAAGGGACAGCAGCGGGGCCUGGAGGAACAGAGCUGCCAAGAGCAAGAGCAGAGGGAGCAGGAGGCUCAAGAGCACUUGGAGGCUGCAGAGCAGAGGCGUCUACGGGAGGAGGCCCAGCAGCUGGAGGAGCUGAGGAGGCUGGAGGAAGAGAAGGCCAGGAGGCUGGAGGAAGAGAAGGCCAGGAGGCUGGAGGAAGAGAAAGCUAGAAGGCUGGAGGAAAAAAAAGCCAGGAGGCUGGAGGAAGAGAAAGCUAGAAGGCUGGAGGAAGAGAAAGCUAGAAGGCUGGAGGAAGAGAAGGCCAGGAGGCUGGAGGAAGAGAAGGCCAGGAGGCUGGAGGAAGAGAAGGCCAGGAGGCUGGAGGAAGAGAAGGCCAGGAGGCUGGAGGAAGAGAAGGCCAGGAGGCUGGAGGAGGAGGCCAGGCUUCAGGAGCUGGAGGAGGAGAGGCUGCGGCGGCAGGAGCAGGAGGAGCAGGAGCAGGCUGGGCAAAGGGAACAGCUAAGCAAGCUUGGGGAGAUGGAGGCAGGGAGGCCAGGAGACAGGCCCCCGCAGCUGGAGGACAAGGACAGCAGGCAGCCGCCCAGCGCGACGCACAGUGACCCGGAGGAGAGGCCGGAAGACCGAGGAAGCCCGGCACCCCAACGGCAGAGCGGAAACCCGGAGGAGCUGCAGGGCGAAGAGGCGGAGGCGGCCGACCGGGGUCCCGGGACGGAGGGCCGGGGAGCAGGACCGCGGCGGCCGGCGGAGGCGGACCGGGAGCGGCGGGUGGAGGAGCUGCGCUGGCAGGAGGUGGACGAGCGGCAGAGCACGCCCAGGCCCUACACCUUCCAGGUGUCGUCGGGCGGGCGGCAGAUCCUCUUCCCCAAGGUGAACCUGAGCCCGGUGACCCCGGCGCAGGACGCGGGGCCCGGGCCGGCCGCGGCGCCCCCGGCCCCCCGCGCGGGCGUCCUGCCGUCGGCGCUGAGCAUCCCGCACACCGCCAUCCUGGUCACCGGGGCGCAGCUCUGCGGGCCCGCCGUCAACCUGAGCCAGAUCAAGGACACGGCCUGCAAGUCGCUCCUGGGACUGUCGGACGAGAAGCGACCUCCGGGACCCCCGGGCGCCAAGGCCCGGCCGCCCCCCGAGGCGCCCGGCAGCGCCGCCCUGGCCGAGUGGGCGUCCAUUCGCUCCCGGAUCCUCAAGAACGCCGAGGGGGACGCGCGCGGCGGCGGAGACCGGGAGCCACCCCGGCCCGGGGACGAGCCGGCGCCCCGGGGGCGGUGCGACUCGCGGGGGAGCCUGCGGCGGACCCCGCCGGCCAACGUCAAGUUCUCCAUCAUGCCGGCUUGGCAGAAGUUCUCCGACGGCGCUGGCGAGACGUCCAGGCCGAGCGCCGAGGCCGAGGGCAGCAGGAAAAGACCCGGGCCGGGGCCUGGAGAAGAGGCCGCAGCGCCCCAGGAGCCCCCCAGGAGCCCCGACCAGCCCGACGGGCGCCCGGAGCCCGCCGACACCUCCCAGGGCUGCAAAUUUGCCAAAGACCUGCCGUCGUUCCUGGUGCCCGGCCUGCCCGCGGCGCCCGGGGGGGACGGCGAGACCCCCGACGGCGGCGGCGGCGGCGGCGGCCCGGCCGCGGCGGAGCCCGCGGGGCCCGGCGCCCCCGAGGAGAAGGCCUCGCCCUUCGGGAUCAAGCUGCGCCGCACCAACUACUCGCUGCGCUUCCACUGCGACCAGCAGGCCGAGCAGAAGAAGAAGAAGAGGCACAGCAGCACCGGGGACGGCGCGGACGGCGCCUCGGGGGACAGGGAGCCCCAGGCCCCGGGCGUGGCGGCCAAGGCCGGCCCGGCCCUCCCGCCGGGGAAGAAGCCAGCCCCCGCCUCCCGGAGGGACGGUGUCCCAAGCCCCUCCGGCGGCGGCGGCCUGGCUGCCCCGGGCCCCCAGACACCCGCCGGCAGCCCGGCCCCGGCGGCGCCCGAGCACGACAAGGCAGCGGCCCGAACGCCACCCGUGCAGAAGCCGGCCCUGGCCCCCAAGCCCACCGGCCAGACCCCGCCCUCGUCCCCGCUCUCCAAACUCAGCAGGCCCUACCUGGUAGAGCUGCUGGCGCGGCGAGCUGGGAAGGCGGACAGCGAGCCGCCCAAGGAGGCCCCGGAGAGCGGCGACCCCCAGCCCCCCUCGCCGCCCCCCUGCGAGGACAGCAAGGGACAGAACGGGGAUGAGGAAGAGGGGCCAGAGAGGAGACCCCCUUCCUCCCCGCUGCUGCCCGCCAGUCAGCAGGAGAGACCGGCCCAAACCCCGGAGGCAGGGAGGAAAGACAAGCCCUUACUUCAGAGUAGGCACUCCUUAGAUGGCUCCAGACUUACGGAUAAAGCAGAAACUGCCCAGCCACUGUGGAUAACAUUAGCAUUGCAAAAGCAAAAGGGGUUCCGCGAACAGCAAGCGACUCGAGAGGAGAGGAAGCAAGCCCGAGAGGCCAAACAGGUAGAAAAGCUGUCCAAAGAAAAUGUGAGUGUCAGCUCACAGCCUGGAAGCAGCAGUGUCAGCAGAGCAGGUUCCCUGCACAAGUCCACUGCUCAGCCAGAAGAGAAGAAGCCCGAGACUGCAGUGUCCAGGCUCCAGCGCAGAGAGCAGCUGAAGAAAGCCAACACUCUUCCCACGUCAGUGACAGUGGAGAUCUCAGAUUCAGCUCCACCAGCACCACUGGUAAAAGAAGUCACCAAGAGGUUCUCCACCCCAGAUGCUGCCCCUGUGUCCACAGAACCAGCCUGGCUGGCUUUGGCCAAAAGAAAAGCAAAGGCUUGGAGCGACUGUCCACAGAUUAUUAAGUAAAAAGUGAUUCUUACUUAUUCCUAUUACCAAUUAUUGGCUCCUCUCUUGCCCUUUUUAUUUAUUUUUUAUAUGAGUAAAGAACCAAGCUAGGGAAAAGACGCAUGUUUUAUAGGCUCUAAAAUAAUGUUUAGGAACUGAACUGGUGGUGUUCAUUGUAAAGAGUGUAUUUGCACAACCCUGGGUCAUGGUGCCUUGAGCUCCCCCUAGUUCUCAAGAGAUGGUUCCUUCUGUCCAAGGGACCUCAAGAAGCAAAAUCUUCAACCAAGAUUCCUCAGGAGAGCCUGCCACGUCCAUUCCAUGGCCCUCACACACGCACACACCAUCCAGAACACAUGCUUUUGCCAAUCUCCAUGAUGUGCUUUUGAGUCUCUACACUUGAUUUCUUCUAUCCAAAACAUUUGCCCUACCAUGUUUGCAUAUUCUACCCUUUCUACAGUAAUGGUGAAAGAAUUGUAUAUAGAUAGAACAAGAAUGUCCAUUCUCCUGAAUGCAAGAACAGGGAAAACAUCUGUGCCUAUGUUUGUUUUCAUCAGUUUCCCCACCCUGAAGCUGUAACCAGAAGAGAGGUCUACUCCUCUCCCACACUGUGGGGUACACGGUGAUCAAGACAAUGUGAGUCCCCAUUACUGGUACUUCCCUAAGGACAUGGGGGACAUUCAGCCUAGUUGGCUUCUAAGGAACAUUUUUAUUUGCUAUGGUGAAUAAAUUACAUAUCAGAGAAGAAAAGAAGGUGCAUAUUCUAUCUCUGAGGAUCUCCCAUUUAGUAGAGUGGAUCUUCAGAUGUCCAGGAGGCACCCAGAUCCUGUGAGGAUGUUGUGGGGAAUGUAUUCUAGCAAAAACUCUUCAAAGAAUUCUAAUCUAUUGUAAAGGUUAAAAAUCUUCAGCUACACUGACUCUAGUGUAAUCAGACUGAUGGGGAGGCCCAUUCAUCCAAAGCAGCAAAAUGAGACAGGAAAACACAACCAUCGUCCAAACCAGCUAUCAACUUUAUAUGGGGCUAAAAAUUCCCUUUGGUCUUUAGGGAAAGCUAACAGGAAGAUUUAGAGCCUUUGUACUAAGGACUCCUUAAAAAAUGGGGUUUUUCCCUUUGCUGUAAUCGAACCAUUCAUAUUUAGAGUUGAAUGUUCAGUAGCAUUUACAAUUUAGAGCAUUCACCUUGCUACCUUUACAAAAUAUCUCAGAGUUUAAGUGGCCUUGUUAUUAUCAUACACAAAGAAGGGACCUGGCAGUUUCAAAGCCACAUCUUUUUUCUUUUUUUAAACUUUUAUUUCCCUAAAUUUGCUCUACUGGAAACAUAGACAUACCAGCAAUCCCUCAACCACAUACUGCUGACACUACCUUUACAUUUCAUGGCAUUGCCAUCACUCUUAAGAUUCUUAUUCCUGAAUAUAGAUGUGAAUUCUUUGUCUAGUGUAGGGGGGAUUACGUCCUUUUUCCUCUCAUUAUAACAUUUUAUAGUAUCCACAAUUACUUUCCUUUAUGCUUACUCAAUAUGCAAUGUGCUGUUAUUCUAUCAUUUACCUUAAAGAAUAUCAGCAAAGCUGUUUACCUUAUAAACCAUUUUCUUUCUAGGAAAAAUGGCUCAGCUUCACUGUAGUAGCUGGCAUGUGUGGUCAAGUGGGUAGAUGUACUCUUACAAGUUGGAUUUAAUACUAUAUAUACUGGAUUGUCAGACAAUGUUAAGAAUCAGUGUAACUUUUCUAUUGCUACUGGAAGCAAUUAAUAUUCUACUGCACGUUUUCCAUGAUGUUCACUGAUGUUCACUUCUAAUCUUAUAUGUAAGCAUUUCUUAGUUCAAUGAUUUCCUCACUAAUAUAACACUUUUUAAUACACAUCUUUCAACCUAAAGCCCUGGAAGUAUAGUACUACAGUAAUUCUUCCAAGUUGACUUUUCUUUCUAUCCUAUUAGCUUUGGACUGUUACAGUUUUGGCAGGGAACAAAUGGGGAAAGAAGAUCAUUCACCAAGAAUGGUAGACGAGUGAACCCUCUCCUAGCACAAACACCACUGAGCCCAUACCAAAUAGGAAAAAUGCCUCAGUUCAUAACAUCUCACCAAAGUCUUUAAAGAAGAGUCUACUGAGGGAAGGGCAGUCACUACCUAUCCUAACAACCUCUGAAGGGUAUAUGUUUAACAUUUCAUUUACAAAUCAUCCCAAAUUUGCACUAAAUACCAAUGAAGUGUUAUUUUGCUUUAGUUGUGUUGCAGUCUUUUCUGAGCAACAAACUAUGUAUGGGGAAAUUCUGUAAAAACAUAUAAAAACUUCAAGACUUUUUUAAAUGAAUGAUUGCUAUGUUAAAUACAUAAGCUUUUUUUUUUUAAUUUAAAUUUGUUUUUCCUGGCAAGGUUAUAGAUGAUUAAGCUUGUUCAUAGUUAUAUGUAUAUAUAUAGUCAUAUAUAUAUAUAUAUGACUAGAGAGUUUUUUGUUUACUUUUUUAAUUUUUCAAGUGCAAUUGUUUCCAAUACAGAAAAUAAUUACUGUUAAGCUAUCAUUUUUAGCAAGUUAUCUGCAAAUGUAUAGUAUGUAUUCAUUGUCUCUUCUUGUGAUGUUUAGUUUGCUUAUUUUAAAGCAGAAACACUAGCUACAAGUGUCUUGUAAUAUUUUUACCAACAAUAAAAAUUAAGUAGAGACUUAAUGAAAACACUUUAGUGUGAUUCCAAUAUUAUUUGAGAUUUUUGAGUGUAAAAUGUCCAUAAAUGAAGGGAAAGAUCUUUCAAUAAAAAAUACCAACAAGA